CUUUUUUUUCUGUCCCUCUCUCUUUGGUGUGUGUCUUCUUCUUUCAACAAACUGCUGCGUUAAAAGUAGAAUAAGAGCAAAAGAAGUAAAGUAAAAAGUCGCGUAGGUGAAGCAUCCGGGAGGUAAAGCCACCGUUAGUUUUGUCCACCAUGAUCCUGUGAGCUCCUACGUCUGUCUCCGACAACAAACUCAAGAGGAGCCGGACUGCACUCCGAGAAAAACGAAUCGAAGCGGAGAAAGGCUCGCUGCUGGUGUGGACCCGGAGGGAAACUGCGGACAGAGAUGUAGUGUGUGUGUUGGUGUGAUCGGCGGACCAUCAUGCACCUCUUCUUGCUGCUGAUCCUUCAAGCUACAGCAGCCAUCGGACAGAUUGAUCCCGCACACUGUCGCUACCCCUUGGGCAUGGAGGAUGGACGGAUCAAAGACGAUGCGCUCAAAGCAUCCAGCCAAUGGCACGAAACAACAGGACCACAGUACGCCAGGUUGAAUCGUGAGGAGGGAGACGGCGCCUGGUGUCCUGCAGCGCUGCCAGUCAGUCAGUACCUCGAGGUGGAUCUUGGCAGACUCACCUUUCUGACGGUUAUUGGUACUCAGGGACGAUAUAUCAGGAACUCUGGGAAUGAGUUUGCCCGAGAGUAUCGCGUAAACUACAGCAGGGACGGCAAGCUGUGGAAGUCCUGGAGGAAUCGGCAGGGGAACGAGAUUAUUGAGGGAAACAAAGAUGCCUACACCUCUGUCAUAAAGGACCUCCGCCCUCCGAUCGUCACCCGCUACGUCCGGCUGCUCCCCGUGACCAGACUGUCCACCACCGUCUGCAUGAGAGUGGAGCUGUACGGCUGUUCAUGGGACGAUGGGCUGAUAUCCUACAGCGCUCCAGAGGGUCAGCGGAUGCAACCGCCGGGUUAUCCCAUCGCCAACCUCAAUGACUCCACAUAUGAUGGAGUACACGAAAGGGGGAAGCUUUUCGGCGGCCUGGGUCAGCUGACGGACGGCGUGAUCGGCCAAGAUGACUUCACACGGACCCACGAGUACAGCGUGUGGCCUGGCUACGACUACCUGGGCUGGAAGAACGACUCGCUGGAACACGUGGAGAUGGAGUUUGUGUUCGACAGGCAGAGAAACUUCACCUCGAUGAAGGUCCAUAGUAACAACAUGUUCUCCCGCAAUGUGAAGAUCUUCUCCUCGGUCUCCUGUUGGUUUAAGCCCCACUUUGUAUGGGAGGCGGAGCCUGUGGAGUUCAAGACAGUGCUGGAUGACCGGAAUCCGAGUGCUCGCUACGUCACCGUGGAUCUGAACCACCGCACUGCCAAAUCCCUCCGCUGCCGCUUUUACUUUGCUGACAUCUGGAUGAUGUUCAGCGAGAUUUCCUUUCAGUCAGUGGACACCAUAUUCCUGACCCAAAUGACAUCUCCUCUACCCACUAAGGACACCAUCACAACACCUGCACAGGAGAUAGCCGCUGCUCCAUCAGCUAGUGUCACACCAGAAGAUGGGAAAACACCCAUCCUUAUCGGCUGCCUGGUAACCAUCAUCCUUUUGUUGGUCAUCAUCAUCUUUCUUAUCCUAUGGUGUCAGUACGUCUGCAAGGUAUUAGAGAAGGGUCCACGUCGGAUUCUUGAUGAGGAGGUGACGGUCCGGCUGUCUUCCUGCAGUGACACCAUCAUUUUACAGACUCCACCUGUGCCCCCGCGCUCUGGACGCGCCCCGACUGGUCCCGUGAACGCUGACCCUCACUACGAGAGAAUUUUCCUGUUGGACCCUCAGUACCAGAACCCAGCGGUGCUGAGAAACAAACUUCCAGAGCUGUCACAGAGCGCAGAGGCAUCUGCAUGUGGAGGUGGCUACGCUGAGCCAGACAUCACCCAGUGCACGCCGCACCAGUGUUUCCAUAGCAAUGCGCCACACUACGCUGAGACGGACAUCGUGCGGCUGCAGGGCGUCACUGGCAGCAACAUGUACGCCGUCCCCGCCCUCACCGUGGACUCUCUCACCAGGAAGGACAUCUCCGCUGCCGAGUUUCCUCGGCAACAGCUGAUCUUCAGGGAGAAGCUGGGGGAGGGGCAGUUUGGCGAGGUCCACCUGUGUGAGGCGGAGGGACUCCCAGAAUUUCUUGGGGAAGGCUCGCCCCUCCCUGACCGAGAUGGUCACUCGGUUCUUGUGGCUGUUAAACAGCUGAGGGCCGACGCUACCAGCCAAGCCAGGAACGACUUCCUGAAGGAAAUAAAGAUUAUGUCUCGUCUGAAUGACCCCAACAUCAUCCGACUGCUGUGUGUGUGUGUGUCGUCCGACCCCCUGUGCAUGGUUACUGAGUACAUGGAGAACGGAGACCUCAACAUGUUCCUGUCGCAGCGGGAGAUCGAGAGCACUCUAACACAUGCCAACAACAUCCCUUCAGUCAGCCUCUCUGACCUCCUCCAUAUGGCGGUGCAGAUUUCGUCGGGGAUGAAGUACUUGGCAUCUCUGAACUUUGUGCACCGUGACCUGGCCACAAGAAACUGCCUGCUGGACCGCCGCCUCACCAUCAAGAUUGCCGACUUCGGUAUGAGCCGAAACCUGUACAGCAGCGACUACUACCGUAUCCAGGGCCGGGCGGUGCUGCCUAUACGAUGGAUGGCCUGGGAGAGCAUCUUGCUGGGUAAGUUCACCACAGCCAGUGACGUGUGGGCCUUUGGAGUCACCCUGUGGGAGAUCUUCACUCUGUGUAAGGAGCAGCCCUACAGCCUGCUGUCUGAUGAACAGGUCAUAGAGAACACUGGCGAGUUCUUCAGGAACCAGGGCAGACAGAUCUUCCUCUAUGCCCCUCCACUCUGCCCACCUUCUCUCUUUGAGCUGAUGAUGCGUUGCUGGAGUCGCGAUAUCCCUGACCGACCCACCUUCGAGGGACUUUACCAAGCCCUGAAGCCCCACGUCAACCAGUGAGUCAAGGCUGCUGGGAUCUGCCAGUUGGGAUUUCAGUGGCGGUGGGACUCUUAUAAGAAGACAGACUGACACAAGAGCACAGAGGACUGGAAUGACAGUGCAGAGGGAUUGUUGGUUUGCUUCACGGCACUAGCAACUCCCUUUUCUGAAAGACCAGGUGAUGAUGGAGGGAGACGUGACUAGUCAGCUCAGAGGAGAAAAUAUCGCAAGCUUCAGACCUUUUGGUCCAUAGUGAACAAACCAUUGGCAGUUUCAUAGCUUCUUCUGUUUUUUUACAGCCGCUUUACCCCAAGCCUUUUGACUUGUUUGUGCCAAAAGUUGCCUUAAACCAUUUGUUUCCUUCUCUUUGACUUUUAGAGAUUACAAAAAACUGGAUAGUCCUUGUAGUUUCUCCUUUCCCUGUGGGUUUUUAUUAUUAUUAUUAUUAUUAUUGUAAAGCACUGUGUCUGUGUCUCUCAGUUAUUCGUGUUCAUAUAUUAAUCCACACUGGAGCUAGGGCUAUAGGGUCAGAUUUUAGUGUAGGAUUUUAUUUUUUAGAUUUUUAUUAUAUUUUAUAAUUUUGUUGUUUUGUGGAGUUUCACAAUCGUUGGUCUUUUUUUUGUGGAUAUGAAUGUUGGUCAGCUGAGGUUCACAUUGCGGUGCCAAGAAGCUGAAGAAACCUGUGUGGCUCACAGACUGAAAAUCAGUCGGUGGGUAUCUGUGGGAAAUUUUGAAAAAAAAAAAGAACUUAAAGCCACAUGAGAAAAAACUGAAUCAUGCCACUUUUGUUCCCAAAGAGACAAAAAAAGUGUUGAAAUGCAAUUUUAAAAUAAAAACAGAAUUGUAAAUGUCUUUGUGAAGAUGGGCAUGACGGUCAAAAUUUAUAAUCCUUUUAUUCAAAGUGCCUUGCGUAUGUAGCAAAAUCGGUACCAGAGGGAAAGGUCAUGGAUGCCUGAACCUCAGAUGCUGGUCACAGGGAGAUUAACCAAGUAUCGAAUACCAAGGUGUCGCUUAACCUGUCGGUGUUUGUCUUUGGGGACCUGCAAAAUAUACAUUUUGUGGAUAAAAAAUCUAAAAGCAUACCUGAUUUAAACGUGGGCACCACCAGGAGCGUGGUCAGAGUUUAGUGCACACCAGCAUGCAAAACAUUAAAAAAGCAGGAUUUUCACUCAGCACUUGGUUUGUCCUCUCAAAAUGAAAUUCAGGCUCAUUGCUCACACACGUCAGUGACACACAAAUGCAAAUCUGAAAGUUGGGAGCCCUGCUUUGGCAGGCCAUCUGUGGGGAGAUUUAAAACAGGUAUCCUUUUUGAUUUUUGAUGGGCAUUGUGGAACUUUAUGAAUGCACCUUGCGUAUCUCCUUAUUUGAACUCACAAAGCUGAAGGUGUUAAGCUCUGCUCUGCCUUCAUUUAGUCAGUUUUAUUCACAGAAAUAAACUACAGUAAUACUUACUGCAUUGCUGCACACGUAGAUGUCUCACCAUAUGAUAUGUCUAGUCUUCUGUAGUCUGAAUUUGCUAGGAUUUGAACUCCGGUACAGUAGCCUAUCAGUCCAUAUCAAGACAGGAGUUGAGUAAGUCAAGACAAGGCAUUUUGUCUUGACUUAAUGUACCAUCUACAUUUGGGGCUGUGAGUUCCCAAACUACUGCGUUAAAAUAAGGUUCACUGAUCAGUGAAAGCUGAUAGACUGUGGGCAAAUGGAGGCCUUACACCAAGGCUGGAUUUCCAACUAGGCAAAGCAGGAAAGUGGGAAAAAGCCAUUUGUCUGUCACCACUGGUUUUAGCUAAAAAGUGUCUUAAGUGCUUCCAACACUGAGCAGGUAUUUAACCAAAGAGUGUCCUGCAAUAAUAGUUCAUUUUCUGACCCUGUGUAGUGGAAUAACCCUGUGGCAGAUUGUAUCAUUUUAGUUGAGUUUGUCCGUAGCGGAGCCUGUUCCUGAAGUUAUAUUUAAUCAAAUGUAGGUGUAAAGACUAAUGUUUCAGCUCAGAGGAUCUGAUUACAUGGUUCAUAUUCAAAAGAGCGCUGGUCAGGAGAUCAGUGUAUGUUUUACAUGGGGGCCACUUAACAGGUUAAUGCAUCAGAGAAGUCACUGCAUCCAAUCACUGCAGCACCUUUACUGAAACAACCAUAAAGAUUUUUAUGUUUAAAAAGCAAUUCAUUCAUUCUGACUUUGUUUUGCAUGGCAUUCAGAAGAGUCUCGUUUACAGAACUGAUGCUGGAUCGAUGCAGACUGUAGACUGGAUUUAUUGUUCUUCUGUCAGGAUGUCUUAGGAGUAAUACACUUUUAACAAAAAAACCCCAAAACAAAACAAUAAAUGUUUCAUGUCCAAAUGUUUCAUGAUGAUUUCAGCUUCAGCCAAAACUGACAAACAAUACGAGAAUUGAAUUUUCAUGAUUCUGUCUCAUCUUCAAAGUGUUGGCGUUAACUUUAAUCCAAGUAUCAGUCCUCACCUUCCUUCUUGCAAGAUUAAAAAUUUAUAACUGAUAAGGAAGUUCAUGUUGACAUUGCAACGAUUUAAGCGAGCAGUUACAGAUAUAAGGCCAUACAGAUUCAUAUAGAUAGGUGACCAUAGCCACCCUAAAGUGAGUAUUUUGCACAACCUGACAAGGGAGGGAUGGAUCUGACUAUGAAACUGAGGGAUGGUCAUAAGGAAGACCCAUUUGCAUAAGCAAAGCAUACCCUGCUUUAAGUCCAGUUAACUCUAAAUGAACCGUAGUUUACAAAAUAAAAUUUGUGCUUAAUUAGGUCAGACUAGAAACUAUUGAAUAAGACUAUAAACUACCUGGGAAAGUCUUUACUUCACAAAUGAGGUUAGCUGAAGAGAGAUUCUCAUAGACUUCUGUACAAUCAGACUCUUUUUGCCACCAGUGGAGUUUCCUCUGGCUGGCGAUUAGAGAAAUGGGAGGUUUGAGGUACUUCUGUGUUCUGUGCCUCAUUUUUCAGACACAGAGACUCUUUCUGUCUUUUCUACAGUCUGUGGAUGGUAGCGGACGGUGCAGCCUUUUGACUAACUAACUCCAGUGACGCUGAUAGUGGCUAUCAUGUUAGUAGUAGCAAGAGCCGCUUUGUCCCCAUGCUUCCUGCACCAUCCAUUUUAACAUGACUCAAUAAACUUCUGAUGUGUCUGUUUUCAGAGUUCUUGUCUAAUGUAUAAAGGUGGUAAAGCAUAAUUUAAUGUCUGUUUUUUUUACUGUUUAGGUCACUCAGUUAAUGUCAGUGUGUAUUAUUUGUAUGCAGUACACAUUUGCAGUAUUUUAAAUCCUCCCUGAGAACAAAUCGUAUAAAAUGAAAAAUGGCGCAAACAGAGAAAGACCAAACGUAGAUUUUUGAGUACAUUUGUCUGUGUUUUGUUGUUGUUACAGUAGUGUUUUGUUAUCUGUACUGUAUCUUACAUUUCUUUCAGCGUGUUUGUGCGGGUGUUUAAGAGAAAGUGAGAUACUGAGUGAGUCUUUCAACAUUCCCUUGAGCACUGGGAGCUAGUUGAGGUUAAAGUGGUUAACUGGAUUUGCUCGGUUGUGCCAAAUUAUGUUAACUAAGCAAAAGAGGGAGUUGUUAUUGUUGUUUUCAAGGCAAGAGGAAAAGAUGGACAGAAGGAAACCACUAAACUCAAUCUCCCAGAGUCCUUUGCUACAGUGAGCCUGUGUAUUUUGUUUUGGUUCCAUUUGAGAAAUCUUUUAGUUUGAUAGUGUACAGUAUAAUUGGUCUAUAAUAUCUCAGUGUGUGAAUGCAGAUUAGGUGUGGUAAUUUUUAUUAAUAAUUCAUUGUUUAUCUGAAUUUAUAGCUAUUUCUGUUUGUUUUCCCCCUUUUUUUUUACACAGGAAUUCAGCAUUUAUGGACAUUUUUCUGAACAAGAUGUUCUGUUUUGUUUCCCUGUUGUGUUCACAGUAAUUUCUCAUCCACACUGUUUAAUCUUUGCUCCAAUCUUCAGUAUGUUUCAGACACAUAUUGUACAUAGGCUAGUAGCUGUUUAUAUUAAUAUAUUGGGAGGAUGAAGCUUGGUGUUCUCUGGUCCCAAGUGGUUUUCACUCUGUACUCUAUCUCACUUUGGUUUGUUUUCCUAUAAUAAACAGUAAAUGUGUCAAAGA